AUGUCAUCGUUGGUGAAAGAGGACCUCAACAAGAAGCUGUUCAAAUCCCUUGGGCAAAGGUUGUAUGAGUUCAUUGAAGUUGAGUGUUCGGGCAAGGAUCGCUUCUACCUCUGUGCUUCAGGUAAAUAGGAAAGGGCCUAACAUGGUCCAGGCUACAGCUAUCCAACCUGGUGUAGGGACUAAGAGUGUGAGUUGGGAGCCAGAAAUUUCUGAUUCAAAGCUCUCCUUAGUCAUGAACUAAUGUGGCGCCUUGUAGAGAAACCACAGUUCUCUCAGCCUCAGUCUAUCUGCAGCAGAAAGGUAAUAUAACGGACGGAUAUAAUGUGUGUGGGAUGCUUUGAAAAAAUCCAACACAAAUGUUAAAUAUUUAUAUUUGACAGGGGAUCUCCUGGCUGCAAUUUCAUGCCAUUUCCAAUAAACCUGAUGUAUUCUGAUUAAUGGUAUUUAUUUCCAAGUAAGGCAGCAGUCUUAAGCACAUCUGCUUGGAAUUAUGAAAUCAAUGAAAUUUUCUUCAAAGCAAAUGUGACGGGGAUUGGACUUUGAAAGUGUUUAGAGUUAAGAGGCUGGUGCUUCCCACAAGUCCAAGAAAAAGAAUAGUAAUCUAGUUUUGCAGUAAAUUUUAAUGCAUGGUUACUCGGAAUUCAGUUGUACUCCUACUCCUAAAUAGGGGGUUUUAGCUGAUAGCUUGAAUUUGUUUGUAAAUGCUUAUUUACAUCUCACUGUGUCAGCUGUAGGCAGACUGCAUUUAAUACUGUACCAGCGAAAUGGCAUCUUCCUUUGCAAUCUGCAGUACUAAGCCUAUUUCCCAUUAGAUGUAAUUCUUACUGCAUUCAUUUUCAAGCCAAUGUGCUCAGGAUUGACUUAUCUUAAUUGUUUGUUGCCAUCUCCCUGCACGCUUCAAGUUGGCCCAACUCAUAACAGUGUUUACGGGUUCCCUAUGUCUUCCAGUAAUUGAGAAAUGUGUGACGCUAGAAGAUAUUGUAAGUUUGUGGGUUUUGUUUGCAUUGUAGUUCUGGUAGCCAUUGUUGAGGAUUUGUUAGUUUUCCCUUCUUAUAUAAGUACAACUACAAAUUGUUUAGAUAUUUGUCGCACUGCUUUGAGCCUUGAUACUAGGUGUUUUUGCAAUGCAAUAAUUUAUCACCACAAAUCAUCGCCAAUAGAGCUAUUUUGGAAGUUUAACAGAGAUGCUAAUCAGAAGUUUGUAUGUGUGUAAAAUUUCCUACAAAACCCUAGGAAAAGAUUGUCCUCUUUUGUUCCCAAUAUGAUAAUAUAAGCACCUGUAACAUGAAGCAAAUAAUUUUGUAGUUGGAGUACUUUCAAAGAUUUUUUCAACGAAUUGAAAGACUUUAAUAUCCUUGUUUAUCUUCUGCUUAUAUUUAUCACCUAAAUGUAUGGUCAAUGUGCUCUGUUAUCACCCAUGUUGGGGGCGAGGUAUGCCACUAAUAUGAAGAUCUGCUGUUUGCAUUGUUUCAUGCUGCUAAAUAUUUCCAAAUGCAAGACCUCAAGAGAAUGCAGAGGGACGGGUUUUCUUCUGAAAUAGUGGGGGAGCAACAUUUUUGUAAUCAAUAGGACUGUACAAAAGGGGGUGAAGAAAUCGUUUUUGUCCAGAAUAUUAGGAAAGAAAAAGCAGGGACACCAUUAAAGGUCACCACCUCAGAUUCAGUGAACGUUAAAGCACAGAAUCAGAAUGGGUGGUGAAUUAAUGGAUUGGAGGACAGAAUGCCUCUGGGACAAAACUUGCUUCCUUAUCUGUAUAGCCGAAGAUAUGAAAUUACUGGUCAUGAGAGAUUCUUUUCCUAGAAGACACAUUUGCUCUUGCUAGCCUCCUUCAAGCUGCCCAUUUGCAGGUGCCAUCUGUAAAACCUCCCUCAAAACUGUUAGAAUUCCUGCUCCAUGACUGCAGUCAUGGGAUUUUUGUCUAUCACAUGAUGGUAUAUGUUUUGACUCCACAGUGUGGGAAGUGAGGGAGACAGGAUGUUUGUGUUACUGUGUUCUGUGAAGUGGGACUAUUGUCCUUUGUUCAUUCUCUUUGCUGUCUGAUGCUAGAGAGAGAGAGGGAGCCAUGUUGCAGUGCUCUGUGUGUGUUUAUAUGUAAAUAAACUUAGCCAAAAUGCUGAGUUGCUGAGGUCUGUUACACAAGCUGUGAAGACUCUGCGGAUCCCCAAGUGUGGCGAUGUCUGUUGGCAUUGGUCACUGUGAUGUUCGGGCAGAAGAAAGUUUCUGAAGCUCCCGAAUGAAAGACCAGGAGGGAGAGAACAUGCCAGUUGGGCAUGUGUCUCUGCCAGGGUCCUACUCGAGUAUAGGAUGAGCUCCUGACAACAACAACAUCCUUCAGUAUCUGCAUUUUUCUCACUUAACAUCCAGUGGGUGUUUGCUUCACUGCUGGGCAAAAAUUAACAUAGACCAAACCAAGAGUCAGUAAGUCACUAUGGAGUUUCAGAAUCUACUGCUGCCUCUGACAUUCAUUUUGAUAUUCACAGUCCUCACUUUGCUUUACCCAGAGCUUCACCCUGACAGUCACAAGAGGCAGCUCUAGGGGAGCGCAACUGUUGGAGUCACACCAGGCACAGAGCUUGUGGGGCGCCACAACAGGCGCCACCACUCUUACGUCCAAUGGUAGGCGAGAGGCAGUGGGCACCAAAUUUUGGCACUGCACAAGGUGCCACUGAAAUUUGAGACACCGAGGUCUGCCAAUGCACCCACAUUCCUAUUAACUUUAAAGGCAACUUGGUUCCAAUCAAUUUGCUUGACAACUGGGUUGUGCAAAGGAAAAACUAUGUACAGUGGUACCUCAGGUUAAGAACUUAAUUUAUUCUGGAGGUCCGUUCUUAACCUGAAACUGUUCUUAACCUGAGGUACCACUUUAGCUAAUGGGGCCUCCUGCUGCCGCUGUGCCGCCACCGUGCGAUUUCUGUUCUCAUCCUGAAGCAAAGUUCUUAACCUGAGGUACUAUUUCUGGGUUAGUGGAGUUUGUAACCUGAAAUGUCUGUAACCUGAAGCGUUUGUAACCCGAGGUACCACUGUAAUUGUCUUCCAAAAAUUGUUUUAAAAGGAAAGGCUAUAUUUAGCAAAGCAGUGGCCAGUUUCCAAAGCAGCAAACUAGCUGCAUACAAAGGGAUUUGGAAUGGUGCUUCUCAGGCGGCAGUCUUUCAUGACACAUGGCAAAAAACUUUUGUAAGUGAACAUUUUCCAAAAGCAGUUUAUGAUACGGUAUAGAAGUCUGGUCUUCUGAACAGGAAAUGUCAAAAAAUAAAAAAUCCAUGAGGCCUGCCCAAUCCUUUGUAUGUAUUUAAAAUAGCUCUUAGGUUUCAGUCAAUGUAUUCAGGAUCAUGGUUCAAAGUGACAGAUCUAGCUGUACUCAGAAAUAAACCGCACUGGAAUUAAUAGGAUUAAAUUCAAAGUAAGUAUGCUGAGGAUUACCUGUGGAUAUUCAUAGCACUUUUAUAUAUUAAAAAGUAUAUUAAGAGUUGGGCUUUUAAACUUGCACGCAUGUUGCAUCAUGCAAAUCACACAAAGUGCAUCAGUUACAGAGUGCAUAUGCAUACACCAUUCUUUAUACACUUGUCAGAAGGCUGAGUCAGUGUGUGAGGUAAACCACAACAAACACACUCCAUUUCCAGGUCUUCAUUGGGCAUAUGGCAUCUUCCAUCAUUCAGCACCGUGGACAGCUUCACUGAAACUAAGCAAAACUUGGAAGUCCCAAGCGUGCAAAGUGAAGCAUUUGCAUAUGUAUCCUAGGCUUUGCAGAUACUGUACUCCAAGCAAGAUACCAUAGUCCUGGCCUUGAGCCAGUUGGUUAGAGGAGGUAGCAAUCUGGUGUGAGUGUGAAAGAAAAAUGGAGCUGUUUGCUUCCUUCCCACUGCUUGGUAAAGUGAAGGGAGGAUGAGCAACCUGAGCAGUAUAGAGGUGAAGAGAAAAUGGUCUGGGUCUGGGGUGGAGAGCAUCUUUCACAGGAUAUCAAACAUGGCAGUGAUAAGCACUGUGUUUUCCCAUAUGGGCUUUUCCCUGCAAGCACCUAUUUCCUAACCCUUUCCCCCACAAACUUUAGGAAAGUUUUUUUUAUGUUUGAUGUUUUAUUGUGCUUUUAAUUCUGUUGGGAGCCACCCUGAGUGGCUGGAGAAACCCAGCCAGAUGGGUGCGGUAUAAAUAAUAAAAUUAUUAUUAAUAAUAAUAUUAAUAUAGUAGCAUGUAAAGAGGUGAAAUCACUGGCUCUGAAGCAGCUGCCAGAUUUAGGUAAAUUAGUGGAUGCAACAUGAAUGCAACAUCAGUGUGAGAGAAUCUAAGAGUGGACAAAUGCACAAAACACUGGAGGAAGUGUGAACUUUACCGUCACAAUCUUAUAUUAAUAUAUCAAUAACAUUGUACGUCCAUUAGCCAGCCUGUACAGGAUGUUUCUGUGCCAUUGAAGUGUUUGUAUAUUGAGGUGACAAUCUUAGUCACAUUUACUUGUAAGUUCCAUUUGGAACUUGCUUCCAAAUAAGGAUACUUAUUGCACAAGAUAAAAUAUGCCUGCUAAAUGUAUCCAAACUUAACAAAUUUCAGUCACUCUUGCGUCCUAUUCAUUAAUUGAAAUCAUAUAGUGUUUCUAAAAGUCACAGAGAAUUAAUUUUCAGAUAAGUGCAGAAAUGUAUCAUCUGUGCAAACGUCUUCUUUUGUUUUUGUCUUGCAGUAACAAAAGGCGAAGAAGUACAAAUAACUAUGGUGAAACACUUUAGGAUAGGCCUUGAUGAGAAUUAUGAAAUAUCUGAAAAAUGGUUUCUUGACGAUUUGGAGAUGAUUGAUGGGAAAGAAGCUGAUACUGUAAGGACUGCGUUUUAUUAUAAGGCAUCAUUGUACUGCAGUUUGUGAUGUAAUUUUUGGAAUGAAACGCUAACGCAAGAAGUUAUUAUGUUAAAAUUGCAUCAUGAGAUUUCAGGCUGAAUAUUUUGUAGCAUAUCCAUACUAUGAUUGCUCCACAUAAAGCUUUGCUUGCCAAAACCACUAAGCAGUCUCUUUCAGUUCUAUGAACCUUAUCCAAUUAGCAGCAACAACAAAAAGAACCCUUUGAGUUUCAGGGCUUUCCAUGUUCUCUCAAGCUCCAAAAUGUGGAGAAAUUACAGUCUUAUUUAAGCAGUAUUGAUAUAGUAUGUUAUCUUAUGGUCAGUUUUAGCACUGCCACUAUCUUGGAGCUCAAAUUAUGGAAAUUCAUUCACGCAACAUAUUAAACCAAACUUUUUGUUAAUUGAAUACAAACAUUUUGAAUCAAGAAGGAAGAACUAUCCUCAGUAAUAGGAAAUUACACAGCAUCUAGAAAGGCAGGAAUUCACAUGCAAUUUACAUUAUUACUUUUAAUUGGUUAAUUUAUUGAGCAAAAGGAAGUUGGAAAUAAAAGUUGGCAAUUUCUUUCCUCACCAGGGUUUCCACCCCAUGUCUCUCAAAUCUGCUCCCUGCUUCUUUUCACCUUUAGGUGCUAAACCUCUUGGCCUAACUGAACUUUAAAUACUUUAAGGCAGAGGUUUUCGACCUUUUUGAGUCCACUGCUCCCUUAACCAACUACAGUCUUUCUGCAACACCCCUGUGGGGCUCAGGAGCCCAGUUAUGUCACCCCUUGCCUGCAGAGCUGGCAGCCUCUCAUCCUUUUUCAAAUACCCACCUUUGUGGAGUGUUCCCUCAGGCUCCUCUCCUCUCCCCUCUCUUUGGGAGUUGUCUGAGCAACAGUUCAGUCUCUGAGCUGUCUUCCUGCCCCAAAGAGAGUUUCCUUCUCACACUGAGCCACAGAGGCCUGGGAAGCACCCCAAAGCCAGCCCCAGAGGCACAAUUUGCCUGGAGAGCUUGUAGCUAGGGCUGCUGCAACAAACAGCUGCACAACCCUUUGGGAGGCAGAGGUGUGAGGGGGCAUCAGAGGAGGGAGGGAAGGAAAGAGGGACAAAGGACAGUGGUGCCCGUGGCAUCCCCGAGCACCAUUCAAGGCACCCCAGGGUGCCAUGGCACACUGGUUGUAAGCCACUGCUUUAAGACUUAGGCCUGAUUUGUCAAAGAGAGUGAAAGAGAGACACAGAGAGGAAAGUACUCUUGCUCUUAUGUGAUUCUAUUUCAAUUACAUACACCAUUUCAAAAUUUCAGAAAUAUUAAUUUUUAAUAGCAACGAACAUAUCUGAAGCAAAUUAUAACUAUUCAAAUAUUUCUAUUUCAUCAAAAUUUCUGCUAACUGGUAGAAGGAUUCCCUCCCCACCCCCAACAACAGCAGCAAAAAGAACUGGCACAAGUUGUACAAAUUAGAACUGCCCAAGAGUUUGGGAAAUAUUUCCAAAAUCUAUCUUGGGUCAAUAAAUGUUUUUUUUAUCCACAAUAACAUGCCCAAGCUACAAGGCAAUUGAGUGCAGUGCAAUAAGGAUUUAGACACUAUCAUACAAGUAAUAAUUUUUCUCUUUUUAUUUCUUUCUUUUCAGGAUAAUCCGUGGUUUGAUAUGCAUUUCAAGAAAGUCUAUAGUUGGGAAGCUUAUAGCUGUGCAUCUAAAUACGCCUUUGCGCGGACAUUAAAUAAACUGAACGAGAUGUACCUCCAGAAGGACUUGAAGAUAGUCAACUUUGAUUUUACCUACAUAAAUGAUGGUUCACUCUGGUCAUCUAACAAUGGGGAUGACUGCUUAGUACUUAUGAGAAUCUGCUUCUAUGCAUCCAACCUUUUGUGUCUGUCUCUGUGCCCUCUGCCUGUCUGACUAUUAUCACUCUCUCCGGAUUUGGAUACAAUUUCAAAAUAAGGUUUUUAAAUAGUUCAAUUCCGUACUGUCAGGGUUUCGAUUUUUCAUAAACGGUUACAAUUUUUUAUAUAAAUUGUUCAUCUCAAAGAGAGAGUCUUGACAAUAUAUGUAUGUGCUUAAAUAUCUAUUUCCAACCACUUAUUUCACCAAAUUGAAACACAUAUUCAGGCUGCGUUCCUGUAAUCACGUACCCCAUUGGACUCCAUUGUGUUUCCUCCGAAUAGACAUGUAUAAGAUUGCAAUAUAGCUACAGCUACACAAAACUGUAUGUUAGUUUUAUACCGGUCUAACUGGCCUGGCUUCUCCCAAAGAAACCUGGGAACUGUAGUCUGGCAUGUGUUGGUGCUUUAGGGGGCAAGGAGUUGUGUCCCGUCCCUUUGUUACUGUGCAUGCAAUAAACUGCAGUGGGCAGGAGCGGCAAAGACAAGUCGUGUUAUGCAUUUUUAUAAGAUGGUUUUCCAUUUCUGCCACCUCUGAUCUUUAGCAGCCUUAGAACACAAAGCAAACAAACAUGCACAUUCCUACAAUAAAGGUAAAGGGACCCCUGACCGUUAGGUCCAGUCGUGGACAACUCUGGGGUUGCGGCACUCAUCUCGCUUUACUGGCCAAGGGAGCUGGUGUACAGCUUCUGGGUCAUGUGGCCAGCAUGACUAAGCCGCUUCUGGCGAACCAGAGCAGCGCACGGAAACACCGUUUACCUUCCUGCCGGAGCGGUACCUAUUUAUCUACUUGCACUUUGAUGUGCUUUCAAACUGCUAGGUUGGCAGGAGCAGGGACCGAGCAACGGGAGCUCACCCCGUCGCGGGGAUUUGAACCGCCGACCUUCUGAUUGGCAAGCCCUAGGCUCUGUGGUUUAACCCACAGUAUCACCUGCCUAUGCAAUUUGUGCCCGCCAAGCCAAGAUGGAACAGGCUCUUGCUGCCUAUAAAGAGAACAAACAAUGUGGCUUGUCCUGCACUUCUCAGACUCGAAGCAGAGCUAGUGAACAAUGUUCAGCUCUGCAGGUCACAAGUUGUGUGUGCUUUGACUACAACAAAAAUGAAUAAAUAAAUAAUCAGAAGAGUUGCACAGCAUGCGCUGGGAAUCAUGCAGUUCCAUUUGGAUUGCAACUAGUCAUGAGCAGUGGGUAUAAGUCUGGAUUUAUAUAAUGAUUAUACAUGUUUAAAGCACAUAGCUUCCCCAAAGAAUCAUGGGAACUGUAGUUUGAGAAGAGUACUGGGAAUUGCAUGUCUGUUAAAGGAAAACUACAGUUUCCAGUAUUCUUUGGACGGAAGCCAUGCACUUUAAAUGUGUCCUGAAUGUGCUUUGUGGGGUGGGAAUGGGAAUGUGGGGUGAUACUGAGCUACAUAGAGUCAGUGGUCUAACUUGAUAGAUGGCAGCUUACUUUAUUUAAAAAGCAAAACAAAACUUUUAAGUUUUACAUGUGAAAACAGCCUGCAGCAGAUACAUAUUGCUAUCAGUUUUAUACUUAACAUGCAUAUGGAAGCACUGGUGGCUGCAGGAGGAAGUUCCUUUAGUAACACUCUAAUGAAACAACAAAAAUCGAACUGUAAAUACUCCCUGCCAUUCUUUCUUAAGAAAUGAACAAAUAAUUGAUACUUUCAACAGACUUGUUUGGUAUCCUUGGAACUGAUAUGUAACUACAUAUUUGUUACGUUCAACUAUUUUUGCUCUUGCUUGGCUCUUCUUUAUAUGUGUAACUGGAUUCAAAUGAAAAUACAGUGUAUACUUAAAAUACCACUGCUAUGAAUGUGGCUAUCAUAUAUGCAUUGCUGCACACUCUGUUGUGAAAGUGAGCUGAUUUAAACCUUUAUGAUACCUCAUUCACAUUCUCGGGGCACAAUAGCUCAGGAAUUCUUAAGUCAUUACAACUAUGGAAUUUUUAAAGCAUUAUCUUUUUAAUUGGUUUGAUUCAGGAUCAACAAACAUGAAUGGCCUGUACUUUAAAAUACAACCCCUCCCCCCCAAAAAAAAUAAUUAUGAGCCAGCUUACACUUGCUUCUGACCACUUCAAUAGAGCUUUGGUUUGCAGAGGUGCCACUUGCAUCAACUGGAAUGUCCUUGUGAUGCGUAGUUCUUGUAGCACCCCUUUACAACCCUGAUUUUGGAGAAGCCAUUUCACACAAAUGGCACCUUUGCAUUAGCGCAAACCAGCCACUCCUCAGGGAGAAGGGAUUUGUCGAUUACAUUUCUAUCCCACCUUUCCUCCAGGGAGUUUAAGGCAUUGCACAUGGUUUCCAACCCCCCCCCCUUUCAUCUUCACAACCCUGUGAUAUGAUGACUGGUUCAAAGUCACCAGUGGGGGAUUUGAACCUGGAUUUCUUCAGCUGUGGUCUGAUGCUCUAACCACUGCACUGCAGUGAUUAUCUGACUCAAUGGCAGAUCUGGGGUUUGACUUGCGUGAAACGCUGAGGUCAUCACACAUUUCCAAGAUGCUUACAUCAGGGCUGCCGGAAAAUCUAAACUGGCCCUAAAUUUCGUGCCGAGACAAAACAAGAGGAGGGAAGAAAAGACAGAAGUAAGGGUUAGUUUCCAGUACUUCAAUUAUAAAGUAAGAAUCACACACACAGUUUGUGGGAAAUUGUUGAAGUGGCAUUGUUAAGAAAGGACAUUACUACACUUGCCUCCUUCCCAAAGCUGGGAAAGCAUUAACUAGGUAUUGUGAUGGAGGUGAGAGGACUCUAGGGCCUUGUCAGAGCCCCCAAACCUCUUUCCCAAAGUCCAGCACCUUGCUUACCAGCUUUGGAAAGGCAGUGCGAAGGCUGGGGGAACAUCAGAUGUUGCUGAGGGCCACCAAAAACGGCCACGAGGGCCGCAUGCAGCCCUCCGGCCACACGUCGGACCACCCUGCUGUAAAUCAAGCAUAUUUGCAGAAUGGUGGGGUGCACAGAAGGAUUUCCUAGUUUGGUUUGACUGGACAGCUGGUUUCAAAUUUGAAGGGUCUGAUGCUUCAGUGACUGAAACUGUGUGCUUGGUUCUGUACACCCGUAAUACCUACCCAGCCUGCUACAUUUGUAAAUAAACAGAUUAUUACAAAAGAUGCAGUAAGUCUCCCGUGUUCUCUCCAUUGAAGAAAACUGGUCCUGCAAUGAAUACUCUUGCAUGACUACUGUCCUGGCUGGAGGGUGGCAUAUUUUUGAAAGCUGAUUGCUUGCUGGAGGUCGGCAGUGAUCAGUUUAUUAAGCUGCUUGAUUUUCUGAAGAGCUAAGUCAGUGAAACAAGACAGAACAUAGCUAAAGUGCAAAUGGCGGAAAACAUGGAAUAAAUCUGACUGAAUGCAAACCACAGUCGACCUUGUCUAGGUCAGCAUUGGCGGGACCACCAUCCUAUUAUUAUUUUUCUUCGCCACCAUCACUGCAUCCACCCAGUACUGAGAAGCCUUUAACCGCCUGCCCUCAGGAGGAGCGGAUGGGGACCCAGGUACACAGGUGCUCUGGACUAAGUAGCACGCAAUGCAUUUACUCCAACAAAUAUCCAGAGUCCUUUCUCCUCCCAACAUUGAUUAUAUGCCAUGGGCUUUCGCCACGCCCCUUUGCCCGCGAUGGGAGGAGCGAAGGAAAGAGAACGCUAAAUAGCCCCGCCCUCUUGCCCCAAUCAACGCCCAUCUCCACCCUUUUUUGGUCCUGCGCCUCCCGUUUGCAUCUUUCACUCUCACAGAGAUAGAAAAGUAUAGAAUGACCCAUGCAAUUAUGUGCAUGGAGAGUUUCCGGGACUUGCAUUGGAAGCUAUGUCAAAAUCCACACCCACCCACCCACCCACCCACCCAUGACAGCUGUCUAUUAAAAUCUCCACCAUAGAAUUGUAGCGUUGGAAGGGACCCUGAGAACCAACCCCCUGCAAUGCAAGAGGUAUGUAGUUGUGUACAGGAAUCGAGCCUGCAAUCUUGCCAUGAUCAGCACCAAGCUCUAACUGAGUUAUCUACGUAAAUUGGGGGGGGGGGAUUUAGCCUUUUGUUCUAAGUGCGAUUGGGAUCCCCAAACAAUUCCGGGGCAAAUUCCUUUUUUCUUUUCUUUUCGCUUUCAAGUAUGGCAUAUAUUCAGUCAGUUAGUUUCUUCUUGUGUGUACACUUGUUAUACAGUAUAUCCCCCCACAAAAAGUACAUAAUUAUAUGUGCACUAAACAUGGUGAGACGUAAAUAAAAGAGAGAAACAAAAACAGAACCCGUGUAGAAGGGAAAAUAAAGGGGGAGAAGAAAAAACCCCAAACUGUAUACUUUACAAAGUUGUUACUGAUCUUAACCUAUUACAGUUUAUGUAGGAAUGGAUUCCAAAGAUAAUUGAAUUUGCCCUUUUUCUAAGCCUGCUUUCAUUCGAAGUUAGCAUAAGCGCGCAAGUUCUGAAACACUGAAAGGAGCAAGAAAGGAAAUACAGCUGCUCAGAACGGUUCGUUUCCCCCCCUUCGUGUCACUCUUAAUUUUUCGACAUCUAUGGUUAUCACACUCCUUCCGUCACGUGUUACGGUCCUUACUCCGUGUACUUCCGGUUCUUUUCGGUGACAGGAGUGGGAAAGGCGAGUGGGGAGGCAGGGAGGCGGCAGCAGCAGCGUUUCCUCGGAGCCUGACAGCGGUCGCCGGCUUUAGAGGAGCAGCUUCGGGAAAGGGCUUUUCUCCCCAGCCCAGGCUGCGGGGUAAGAGGGGUCUCUCUGCAUGGGGGUGCAUAUAGGGUGGUCGUGGGGGCUCCGCGGGCAGGUCCCCCCACCCGCCCCUCCGGUGCUCCUCGCCGUGGCCCCUUCGCCUCACCCCCUUUACUCAGCCCACCCCAUAGGCCUGCUGUCGAAGCGCCCCUCUUCUUCGGAAGGGGGUCCCGAAUCCCUCACCGGGAAGCCGCCCACGCCUGCAUUGGCUUCCCUCUCCAGGCGGCCGCAUCCUAGUGCGACCACCUUUGUGGUUGGGGGGCGAGGUUUGUAUGUUUGUUCUGUUGCUGAAGCGGCUUCAAAGCAAUCCUUUAAAAAAAAUUAUUUGGUUUUUCAAAUUAAAAUUUCACAGAGAUAAACAUAAAUAGUUAAAAACAAGAUUCCAAGGACUUAGUCUAUCACUUAGGUAGGGAUGCGGGUGGCGCUGUGGGUUAAACCACAGAGCCUAGGACUUGCCGAUCAGAAUCCCCACGAUGGAGUGAGCUCCCAUUGCUCAGUCCCUGCUCCUGCCGACCUAGCAAUUCGAAAGUACACCAGUGCGAGUAGAUAAAUAGGUACCGCUCCGGCGGAAAGGUAAACGGUGUUUCCGUGUGCUGCUCUGGUUCACCAGAAGCGGCUUAGUCAUGUACGCUGUACACCAGCUCUCUUGGCCAAUAAAGCAAGAUGAGCGCCGCAAUCUCAGAGUCAGCCAUGACGGGACCUAAUGGUCAGGGGUCCCUUUACCUUUACCUAGACUAUGGGUAGGCAAACUAAUGCCCGGGGGUCGGAUCCGGCCCAGUCGCCUUCUAAAUCCUGCCUGUGGACAGUCCAGAAAGCAGAGUAGAAUGUGUCCUUUUAUUUAAAAUGCAUCUCUGGGUUAUUUGUGGGGCCUGCCUGGUGUUUUUACAUGAGUAUAAUGUGCCCUUUUAUUUAAAACGCAUCUCUGGGUCAUUUGUGAGGUAUAGGAAUUUGUUCAUCCCCCCCCCAAAAAAAAAUAUAGUCCGGCCCCCCACAAGGUCUGAGGGACAGUGGACCAGCCCCCUGCUGACAAAGUUUGCUGACAGCUGACAUAGACUAAGUGGUAGAUACUUGAUGGGGUGGCGGGAAGUAGCUAGAAACUCAAGAAGAACCUAUUGUGAUGUGAUGUAACAAAUAUUACCAUUUUCUUUUCUUUCUUUUGGAUAACCCUUUUUUGUUACUUCUUUUUAAGCUCAGUAAAGCAUUAAAAAAAAACCCCACAAGAUUCCAAGAAGCUUCCAUCCUCCCCUUUGUGGGUCCUAUUAUUAUCAACCAUUUCCUCCCGUAUCUUUUAUGAUGAUCCAAAUCUUUUCCGUCUCCAUUGUGUCCAGAAUUCACCCUUAACCUACAAGUGAUAUUUCAAUCCUACUAAUGAUUUUAACUGUUUACAAUGGUCUUUAAGAUAAGAUAUAAUUUCCCCCCAUUCCUUACUAAAAUUUUGGACUUCCUGAUUUCUGAUUCUUCCCGUCAUUUUAGCCAUCUCAGCAUAGUCUAUCAACUUCAUCUGCCAUUCUUCUCUGGUAGGCUUCAAAGCAAUGACAUAACAGAUCACUUGCAGCCUCACGGAAUGGUCCCUCUGGAAUUUGUCACACGUGCGCCCACUUGCACAUGAAUUUGUAAACCUGUCUGUGCUUGGCUGCCCAGGAUAAAGCUAUAUAUCAAUACUGGUCAUAGCAUUUGACAUAGAAAUAUGGAAUGAUAUGGUAUACAGGACACAUGUCGACCCUAUCCCUUCCCCACCAAACCCCAAUGAGCAGGCAAGAAUGAUAAACUGAAAUCGAACAAGAAGCUUAUUUUAUUUUUUAAAUGGGAAGAUAAAUCAUGGUUGGUCAGCUGUGAGCAAACCGAGUGAGCUUCUGUUGCCUUAAUGCCAUUCAGAGUCAGUCCCCUCAGAGGGGCAUCUUGAGUUAGGCCAAACUCUAUGUGGAUAGUUAAAUGACUUACCUGGAAGAGUCCCUUUUUCCAGAGCUUUAGGGUGCCAUAAUUCUUCAUGUGCUUACCUGGUAGUAAGUCCUAUUCUGAGUGGAUGUGUAUAAAGGUAAAGUGACCCCUGACCAUUAGGUCCAGUCGUAGCCGACUCUGGAGUUGCAGCGCUCAUCUCGCUUUAUUGGCCGAGGGAGCCGGUGUACAGCUGUCGGGUCAUGUGGCCAGCAUGACUAAGCCGCUUCUGGCAAACCAGAGCAGCGCACGGAAACGCCAUUUACCUUCCCGCCGGAGUGGUACCUAUUUAUCUACUUGCACUUUGAUGUGCUUUCGAACUGCUAGGUUGGCAAGAGCAGGGACCGAGCAACGGGAGCUCACCGCCAACCUUCUGAUUGGCAAGUCCUAGGCUCUGUCGUUUAACCCACAGCGCCACCAACGUCCCUGGAUGUGUAUAGGAUGGCACUAUUAUUGCACUUAAAAAAAAAAAAAUUACAACAUUUUAAGUUUUAUUGCACUUUAGGAUGACACUAUUAGAACCUCUUUCUGUGUUCCUCAAACUUGGGUCUCCAGCUGUUGUUGACUACAAUUCCCAUCAUCCCUGAUCACUGAUCCUGCUAGCUAGGGGUGAUGGGGGUUGUACUCCAACAACAGCUGGAAACACAAGUUUGAGAAACACUGUAGUUAAGUGAUAAUCUGUCCUGUUUGUUUCAAAGUAUUGUCAAGUCCACAAAUGCUUGCAGCGGAAACGUACCACAAUUGUUUGACUUUUUUAAUUUGUCAUUUGUGUAGUUAAGCUAGUGGAAGCAGCAUGUUGUCUUCAGCUACUUUGGUAUUUUAAACACUUAAAUCUUGCUCAGCCUGUUUUUUGUUUAGGUGUAGCAAAUGUUCGCUUGUGAUUCUGCAGCUGUUGACUCAUUAAUGGUUGCUCUUCCAAGUGAGUUAGGAUGCGAUUUCUACCACAGGCAGCUUAUCUGAUUUUAAAGAAAAAUGUUUUCAACAUGCACUUGUGUGUUUGUGAGGCCAGCAUACAGUGCUACACUUGGCUUGUUAAGGAUGUUCAUGCAUCAGCUAAAAUUUAGUUUUGUUUGUAAGUUGAUUUUAGCCACGUCCCAACCCCACUUCAAAGUCCUGCAUCAACCAAUGCGCAGGAUCAAAUACACUGUUCUCUUAUUAUAUUGGUAUGAGUUUGCGGGUGCCAGACACCCUCAAUUCCUGGGUCCAGUAGGUGGUGGCUGAGUUAAUCUAUUCAGAAAAGUACUUAAAUGUUAUUAUUAUUGCCUAUAUCUUACAGCUCAGAGAAAAUGACUGCAAUCAAGCAUGCCUUACAGAGGGAUAUUUUCACUCCAAAUGAUGAACGUUUACUAAGUAUUGUUAAUGUUUGCAAAGCAGGAAAAAAGAAGAGAAACUGCUUUUUGUGUGCCACAGGUAUGUGGUUUUCUUUUUAAGCAUGGGCAAACAUUUUUUCUAACUCCUAAUUAAGCUCAUUGCUAAAUGCUGAUACAGUACUUUAUUUACUAUCAAAUUGUACAAUUUCACCUAUACAGUGUAGUGAUUAAAUGAUGUGUGCAUUCUAAAUAAAAACAAUAAUCUGGUUUGUUAGGAAAAGCCACUGUACAAUUACUGCAUAUUUCCUCUAAAAGGUGUUUCUAUGAUUUAAGUAUAGCAUUUCAGCACUUAACGUCAAUUGAUAGGUUACGUCUAAAGGGAACUCCCCAAAGCUUAUGCUUUUGCUAUUGCCUACUGUAGAAGGGAUUCUUGUCAAGCAUGUCAGGCAAGCAGUUUUAGGUUCUCAGCUGGAAAACAUUGUCAGCUGGCUGGUUAUAUUGCUGCGGACUUGGGAAUCCUAAGUCUCACUUGGCCUUGACCUAUCCUACGGAGGGGUAGCAAAGAAUGCUACAAAUAUUAAUUAGCUUACCAAUGCCAGGAUCUAUGUGCUAGCACUGUCUUGUGAAUGGUUCCCUGCCACAAUACAAGUGCUAAUACAAUAAAAUUGGCAGUGCUGAGUAAAUUGUCAUCAACCUGCUACUGUAAAAGGUGUGCCUGUUUCACAUGUAUGUAAAUUCAAAGGACCCUGACUGUGAUUUUGUAUCUCAUUUCCAUUCAACCCACACUUCGCCAUUUUCUGCUUUAUAUAGCGGUCAACUAAGAUUUCACUUCAUGCAUUUGAUCAAUUAUUAUUAUUUAUUAUUAUCAUUUAUUGAAUUUAUAUACCGCCCUAUACCCGGGAUGAUCAAGUGUGUUUGAGUCCAUGAAAGCUUAUGCUACAAUAAAUUUGUGAGUCUUUGGGGUGCCACAAGACUUCUUGUGUUUUGUUGCAUUGGACUAACAUGUACGUUUCUCUGAAAAAGAAGAUAUAAAGUGUUCUGUGCACCAGCACCAACAUUUUAGAUGCUGCAAUGUUUUGAGUCCUGUUUGCCAUAAAGAGGCUUCCUAAGGGGCCAUCUGCAUGGGAUCAGUGGCUUGCACUGAUUUUUAUACCGUGUUUACUUGAAUCUAAUGCUCACCUUUUUUGACCAAAUUACAUUGCGAAAAUAAGGUGUGCAUUAGAUUUGAUGGCACAUUAGACUCGAGUAAACAUGGUAAUUGCUUUUAAUAUCUGCAAACAGCAAAAUGUUUCCUUCCUGCUUAGCAGCUGCUGACUAUGUCUGCUUCCACGUUUGAGAGGGCCUGGCUGCCUUCUGCGUUCUGAAUAUCUCUUAGGUUUACAUUUUCAUAUAAAGUAAAUGUGGGGGCAGGAUAUCUGCUUUAGGAUUUCUUACUUGUGGCCGUGGGAAAAUGGGCAUUGUCCAUCUUACAUUGGUGCUUGGGUCUUGUGGUGAUCAGCUAUUUAUUGUACUCCACAGUGACAACUGAACGCCCGGUACAGGUAAACGUGGUAAAGGUGAAAAAAUCUGACAAGGGAGAUUUCUACAAGAGGCAGACAGCGUGGGUGCUUCGAGAUCUUGCUGUCGUUGAUGCCAAGGAUGCCAUCAAAGUAUGUCUUCGUUAUAAUGGCUUGAAAUCUUUACUCUGCAUGGGCAGUAAAUGCAACUUUCAUUUGUGACAUAUUGCCAUGCCUUUGGCAAGUUGCUAACUUCAGUGGACUUGGAAACCAGGGUUGCCCUCAUAUGCACACUUACGAGCAACUCUUUGAAGGCUCAGACUUACUUUUGAGUAAGUGUAUAGAGAAGCAGCUCGCACGUCUAACUUCUGUAGAAGAGAAUUUCCUUUGGAGAAAAGGUGCAAUGUGCAGAGGGAUGGUUUUCUGUUUCUUUCAUGCACUGCACAAGAAUUUUCUUUGCUAUAGACCUUUAAAAUCAAACUGAGCAUCGCUUUCGACCUUUAUUCUGGAUACUGACGUGCUUAUAAACCACUAUCCACAAAUUCCAAACAGAUAAAUAUUCAAAAGCAUUUUUAUUCGUUUCCUACAGAAGUAGUAAGCCUUCAUUUCUUUUUGAGUUAGGAUCAUGUUGUUUUUGUGUUGUGUGUGAGCAUCUGACAUGCUACUGUUGUACUGUAAAGCAGCUCAAAGAACAUUGUGUUGUUUGAAAAUUCAUUGGCUUGGAUCCUAAACAACCCUCUGCCAACAGAAGGGCUCUUGGAUCCAGCAGAGGCUCCUGUUGUAGCACAGGAUGGGUUGCAUUUUUCACUUACCUCUUUCCUCUUUGCCCCCUGCACCACCUCCCAUGCUGCUCCAGAGGCUUCCCUGCCCUCUACAGCAGAUUUUCAAGAGGGAAUAUUAUAGUGAUGAAAGUCCCCACCUCUGCUUCUGUUAGUGGGAGCAUCCCAUAAGUAUAACUGAUGGAACGCUUUUACCUGCUGAAGUUUUUUAUAGAUCCACACCAUGCGUUUAAAGCAUAUUCAGUGCAACUUUAAAGCACCUGACUUUCUCAAAAUAAUGCUGGGAAUUGUAGUUCACAGAAUUACAAUUCACAGGAUUCUUUAGGAGAAUCCAUGCACAUUUGAAUGUGUGUUAAAUGUAUUACUUAGAUCUGCCCUUGGAAUCUAAAAGAGUAUGUUGGGAAUGUACUAUUAUGAUUUUUUUCCAUCUGUUUUGUCCCUGUUUUUCAGGAAAAUCCCGAGUUUGACCUGCAUUUUGAAAAAGUGUACAAAUGGGUUGCUAGCAGUAUAGCAGAAAAGAACACUUUCAUUUCAUGCAUUUGGAAACUCAAUCAGCGGUAUAUUAGAAAGAAGAUCGACUUCAUAAAUGUUAGUUCUCAGCUUCUAGAAGGUAAAAACUUUAGCUGACUCUUUCAUAAUGCUGUAUUCUAGUUAAAAUAUUAAUUUCAUCAUACUUUAAAAGUAGUAGAAAAUCACGUUGUUUGUAUUGCCCUCAUUCAUGCAUAUACUAACAGUAACUAAGGCUUUUAUUGGCUUCAUAUGUCUUUGACCUAAAUUAGGACAUGGUCCACUUUCCUGGAAGUUCUUUUGAAAUUAAUUAGCUUGGUAAGUGUAGGAUUUAGGCAUGUUUUGCCAGGGACAUUCGGCAGUCUUGGGCUUUUGGACUCCUGUACAUUACACUUGAGGAGCCUAUGUAACUUAUUAGUUGCUAAAGCUAAGUUUAAAUUGUUAUCAGAUCAAUUUUAAUGUGUCCUGCUUGGCAGGUCUAACCUGUCCAUUCUGAGAAAAGCAACUGAAUACAAGUUUAGAGUAUUAAGGUAACUGUUAAUUACACAGCCUGCAUGCUUGUAUGUUUAAAAGCUUAAUAAGAAAUCACGUGGCCUACCAGAUGUUGCAUGUAUAUGAAGAAAUCUGCUUUGUAGUCUACUUAAAUUUCAAAGCUUUGACUCUCUGACGAUUUAUUGCCGUUUCUGAAAAAUUCUGUGUUCGUUCACUGCUUAGCUAAUAUUCUUUGCUUCCUUUCCUCUGCUUUUCAAAUCCUUUCUAAUUCUCCAGAACUACCUAAAGUCGCAGAAGGUGCGUAACACCUUUUCUUUCUGUUUUUCUUCUUCUGUGUGACUAAUUCAGUUGCUUUUUGCUUUUUUAAAUUGCCUAUGACCCAUCUUGUUAAGCAAAACACAUUCUUCAGGUCACUCAGGAAUGUACUGAAAAUGCAGGUGGAAAUACUAUUCAAGAGUUUUUAAAUUUAUAACUCUUUGAAGUCUUAAUGCUGCAAGGAGCAGCUGAAACAUCUCCAAAUGUGAAGAAAUGUCAUGAAAGUAUUGUUUCACAAUGCAAUGCAAACGAUGUUAGUUAUUUAAUUACCUGGUAAUGCUGUGCUGAAAUUGAACUGUAUUGGACAGAGGUAAUAGAUUGCAUUCAGCUGACUAUGGAGGGAGAAUCAGUACUUUUAUUUUUGUAAAGCAAGCACCCAUUUAAAAAGCAAGGGCAGAAAAUGGCAGGUAAGGGGAAAGAGAUCAAACUUUAGUACUCCAAAGAUAAAAUGUUUUUAUGUGACUUCUUAAAGGUGAGGCAGAAGUAAUAGAGAUGGACACUGGAAAAGAGUCAGUUUUUGUUUGCCAUAGCAAAGGUUUGGUUGUCUGCUGCCUUAAAACAGGCAUAGGCAAACUCGGCCCUCCAAAUGUUUUGGGACUACAACUCCCAUCAUCCCUGACCACUGGUCCUGUUAACUAGGGAUGAUGGGAGUUGUAGUCCCAAAACAUCUGGAGGGCUGAGUUUGCCUAUGCCGCCUUAAAACCUAGGUAAGAUCCUGACAGGGGCAAAAAUUACCUACCCAGGUAAGGUUCCAGGAGCAGGUCUUCAAUGUAGUCAAAGCCGUCACCAUUCAAUAAAUUCCAGUCAUCACAUUCUGUAUCAAAGGGAGCCUGAACGAAUUAGAGCAAAAUGUCAAACAUUAAAUGACACUAGCCUCUUUUUUAUAUUGAAAAGGACUUGGUAAAUAAUAGUGUUUCCUAACUUACCAUUUGAAGAAAACUCAUGAUGCUUAUAUUGUAUGGACAGCUCUCUUCCACUUUCUUUGGCAUUGUGGUCUUGUCAGUCGUUCAAAAAGAUUUUGAUCACCUAGGUUAAGACGGUAGCCUUGUAUGCAUUUUUCAUGAACGCAAUCUUUUUCUGCUCUCUCAAGAAUCGGUUCCAAGCGGUGAGAAUCAGAAUGUGGCUGGAGGAGAUGAAGAGGUGGUGGAUGAAUACCAAGAGUUAAAUGCAAGAGAAGAGCAGGACAUCGAAAUAAUGAUGGAAGGCUGUGAAUAUGCCAUCUCCAAUGCAGAGGCCUUUGCAGAUAAGUUGUCCAGAGAACUGCAAGUGCUCGAUGGGGUAAUGAUUUAUUUUGAAAUAUGGCAGUGUGCUUAGCAAGAGAUAAUGGAAAGGUUCUCAGCUUAUGCAGAAUACGCUUUGGUUUGGACUUAGGCUCGGGCCAGCCAUUGUGGUCCUCUGCAGAUGUUCUGGACUCCAGCAUAACCAGUAAUCAGGAACGAUGGGAGCUGUAGCCCAGCAACAUUUGGAGGGACCACCGAUAUUCCUCCUUUGCAGCCAUGCCUUGAAUUUGGGGCUGCUUGAAUCUACACCUUUACCUGUCCAUGCCUCACAUCAGGUGAUGAAUGGCUUGGACAAAACAGCCGGGGGGACCAAAUAGGGAAGCCUGGUGGGCCUAAUUAGGGCUGUGGGCCAAAGUUUCUUCUACCAUUGCUACUUACCAGGGUUUGUGGCAGCCGUCCUCCACUUAAUGCCCUUUAGAUAUUUUAGACUUGCACUCCCAUCAGCUCUAGCCAGCAUGGCCAAUGUUCAGGGAUGAUAACGGUUGCUUUUAUAUUUGUUGGAAGCAGCCCAGAGUGGCUGGGGCUGCCCAGUCAGAUGGACUUAGUAAUAGCAUUACUUACUUACUUACUUCUGGAGGGCUCCAGGUUGGUGCACAUGAAUGCUGGUAUAAUAAUUCUGUGAGAGUUAUGGUUGUUUUUUUAAUCAGCUGUGUUCCAACUUGGUGUCAUUGCAUUUAGUGACUCCCAACUCUUGAAAUACGAUGGAAGAUGGGUAAUGGAUAUUAUUUCCUUUGCAGGCAAACAUCCACUCGAUCAUGGCCUCUGAGAAACAAGUGAACAUCUUGAUGAAGCUGCUGGAUGAGGCGCUGAAAGAGGUGGACCAAAUUGAAGUGAAGCUGAGCAGUUAUGAGGAAAUGCUGCAGAGCGUGAAAGAACAAAUGGACCAGAUUUCGGAAAGCAACCAUCUAAUUCAUCUUAGCAACACUAACAACCUGAAAUUACUUUCAGAGAUAGAGUUCCUUGUUGUAAGCGUGUGACAUACUUACGUAUUUAUUUGUUCAAACACACAGUCAACCCAAACUAAAAUUUGAGUGAAUUACAAUAGAUUAAAAAGUAGUUGUCACACUGCCAUUAUAUUUAAUGCCAAUAAAACACGUUUAGCUGUUCAGCUGCAUAGCUUUAGGUUCAGUGAGCUACUUUAAUUGUGUCCAGGGACUUUGGCAUGCCCAGUACACUUUUUGACUAUUCCCCAUAUUUAUUUAUUAAAUUUCUUCUCUGCCUUUUUUGCAAUGAAGCGCACAAAACAGAUAACCGCAAAAGUGUGUGUGUAAUAAAAAUAACAACAGAUUUAAAACUCUACAAACAGAUUAAAAAUUGAUUUGUUAGUUUUAAACUAGCGGCUGAUAGGUGUUAAAAAAACCAAACAGGAGCACAAUUAAAAUUGCCUCAGCCAGGCUAAAGGCUCAGGAAGACCAUCACUUCUUUGCAUAGGGAAUUGGUCUCCUUUGGAAGGAACUAUGAAGCCUAAAUGCACCUGGCUUUUUCUUGUGUUCCUAUUGAAAGCAUUUCAGAUGUUGGCAGAACAUAGGACAGGGUCUCUUCAAAGAUCUUAAAAUGAUUGUGGGAUAAGAUCACCCUACUGGUAACCUGGUCUCAAGCCAUUUCGUUUUAAAUAUCAUGACCAGUGUACUGAAUUGAAUCCAUAGCUGUGUUUCAAUGGCAGCUCCCCGUAGGCCUGCUUCCCAAGUCAUGCUAAGCCAAACAGAGUGCCGCCUCUUGCACUUCCAUUGCCUGCGGUGGGCACUUCACCUGGCGAAAUGGGCUUUCUGUCUUGGUGCAGUUUACUUUUGGUUCUGAUGUGUUUGUGUGCUUAAGUCAACUUAGCAAACUGUAUGGGGAGUUCAGUUAGCAGCAGCGGUGGGAACUGAUAAAAACGCUAACAUGCACAUCCAUGCCCAAGGUUAUUAUGGUGGGUGGAAAUUAGGUUAGGGGUGUUUGUUUGGAAUAUGCGAAAUAAUAAUCUGAGCUCCUUUCUGUGGCCUGUGGAAGAUAAAUAAGGCUUUAAAGUUUCACGCUUGCCCUCCCAGUGUAAACAUUUGUUCUUGCAGAACCAUAUGGAUUUGGCAAAAGGUCACAUCAAGGCCCUCCAGGAAGGAGACCUCUCAUCUUCCCGGGGCAUUGAGGCCUGCACUAAUGCGGCAGAUGCACUCUUACAAUGUAUGAGUGUAACUCUUCAGCCAGGUAAGUGUUUUUCUAAUUAAGGAAACCGCCCCCUUACCAUUGUCUUUCUGCAGCUGAAGUCUUCUGGUUUCCCCCAGUCCUUUUCUCCUUUCUGAAACUUUCCUUACUGAAGCAGUAUUAUGUUUUGGUUUCCUCUUCUGAUUAUAGGGCAUGAGAUGCUCCACGCUGUGAAGCAGCAGCAGCAGCGGUUUAGCGAUUUGCGAGAGCAGUUUGCGCGGAGACUGGCCAGCCAUCUCAACAACGUAUUUGUUCAGCAGGUACCUUGACUCUUUUCCAAACUGCAAAUUUUUUGAAGAUGAAUGCUCGAUUCAGUUUUCAGAGACUUCUGUAAAUUCUAUAUUUCACUGAAGGCUUCCCUUAAGCCAUCUGACUGCUUUGCAUCACUUUGCUCCCUUAAUGAUCAGUGGCAAAGAAAAUUUAGUGAAAUGAGCCAGCCAUUGGCUAUAUCCCAGACCCUCAAAGUGGACAACCCCAGAUUUACAGAAGCCGUCCUGGUUUCUGAUUUGAUCCCAGAAUGUCCCGCUUUUCCUUAGGAUGUCCCUAUUUUCAUUGGAGAAAUGUUGGAGGGUAUGGAGUUAUCCGACCUCCGAGCCAUCUGGAGACAGCUCUGUGUAGGGAAGUUUUUUAAAUAUUUAAUGUUUUAGUAUGUUUUUAUAUAUGUUGCAAGCCGUCCAGAGUGGCUGGGGCAACCCAGCUAGAUGGGCGGGGUAUAGAUAGUAAGAUGAUGAUGAUGGAAUAAGAUGUCCCUAUUUUCAUUGGAGAAUUGUUGGAGGGUAUGUAUAUCCUUUAUGUGGAAAAUUAACUAAACACGGGCAUCUCAGUACUACGGCUCCAGUGCACAAAUAUUCUGGUGAACUGAUGCUACCUGGUUCUCUGCAGUGCAAGAAAUAGGAUAUGAGCAUUGCUUUUCCAUGUCUUCACUGCUAGGAGAUGGAGAUGGCCAGGAGAUUAGAUGGCUUUACAAAAUAAUGAGUGGAGGCCGGGAUAGGCCUGUUUUUGGAUUUUAGUUACAAUAUGCAAAAAUGGAGCAUGUUUUAGAGCCAAUAUAUUGUUGAUUUCUGCCUAUUGUGGGAGGAAUACAGUGCCUUCCUUGUGAGCUAAGCUUCCCCGGGGAAUUGGUCACUGUUAAGAGACCAAACUUUUAUCCAGAUUGAGAUGUUUAAAUAUUUUCUUUGUAUGGCACUUACAAAUUAAUAUUUGGUCUAACUUCUGUAUCACCUUUGUUUUUGAAGCUUUUAAGUUGUCACAUGCACAGCUUAAUGUUAGGAAUGGGUUGUGUGGGCAUCUCUAUUCAAUACAGUGUUUACAUCCCUGCAUUUUAUCUCCAAAUAGUUUAUAGAGCUGGAGAAGGGUCUCAUUAACAGGUCCUACUAUCUUUCAGUUCCUGUGAGUACAGAGAGUUUGAAUCAACCUGUUUUAAUUUUACUGAGUCGUCUUUUAAAAAGCUUGCUAAGCCUAAUGUAUGUCCUGCAGUGUUGCCUCUGCAAAAUAGAAAAUAUGGCUUCUGUGACUUGAGGAAACAAGUCCUUCUGAGGAUUACCUCGACACCAAAGCUUCCUACGUAUUGUAAAAUGCGCUUUGUAAAAGAUGCACAACUUAGGCACAAAGAUGUUGAAUCAACAUAGUCUGGGUUAGAGCUGUGUCAACGUGAUUUGCACAGGUGGGUGGGUGGUAGCAGGGAAGGCGAAUGGAAACUGCUGGUUUUAUUUACUUUCUGUUAUUUAUUAAAUUUUUAUACCACUCUUCAUAUGACGAUCACAAUUCACUACUAGAAAUUAAAUUGUAGUGAAGUCAUUCCUGAAUAUCACAUUAUUGUCCUCAGUAGAGAACAAGCAGGGCCUGCUGCAAAAUAUUGCAGUUUGGAGUGCUCCUGCUUAGAAUUGCCAGCCAGCCAUGCCUUUUUAAGAAUAUGCCACACUCUUCCCCCUUCCCCAAGGCUUUCUGUCCCCUAACCACCCUCCCAAUCUCUGCAGUCAGUCAGUAUUCCAUGCCCACUGACCACGGUCAGUCUUCUUUGGGCUGUUUUGAGUCUCUUCCCAUUCCCCACCCCCAGCCUCUGGCACGAUUUUUUCCAAAGAUUUGAGUACUUCUGGAACCUUGGGGUUCUCCCACACCUGCUGAUAUCCCCCUCUUGUGCGUGGAUAAUGCCAUUUGGCAUACAGAAGGAUCCACAUUAAGAGAAUGAGUUUGCAAUUAGUAUAUAGGAUACCUGGUUUUCCUGGUACCUGUGAAGUAUACAUGUGAAUGUUGGGGCUGAUCAUAUUUAGCAUUUUGUUAACAUAAGAUAACAAAAGGGAGUGAAACCAGCUUUGAUAAGCUUUGUUAAAUUGUGUCUAACAGGGAAAUUGAGAUACUGCCUCUAUCUCGGGCUUAUUAUGGAGUGAUGAUGAAUGAAUGGGUGACAGAAUGGCUUACAUGUCUGUGAACGAUGUCUAUUAACUGGCACUUUUGUAUUUAACAUCUUGUCCGGAGUUGCAUUUUUAAAGCAUACCAUCAAAUUUAUAUUGUUUUACUGUGUAAAAUAAUAUUGAAGAAAUUCAACCAAAAUCUAACAAAUUGGGCUUUGUUUCACUCUAUAUAAAUGAUUUUGGAAUCUGGUGGGACAAUAUUUUAGCUGUCGCUACAAGGUUAAUGAGAGCAAUAUUGACAUUUCAAACGAAAACGCAAGUCCUGAUGAGAAUGCAUUGUGAUUUCUAACACAUAAUCUGUAGCUCAGCAUUUAUUUUGUUCUUUGAAUAUUUUGUGGUUUUUUAUGUCUGUUUUCUUUCUUUCAAAGUACUGAAAGGAACACAGAACAGCUGCAAAAGCAUACCUGCUAAAUGGCAAGGCAGAUCUUUUAUCUGACAAACUGGCAAAUUCCCAGGGUGUCCAGGUUUGCGAUUCUACUGUCAUGUUCAUACAACUUUCUUCUGUUGCUUUCCUCUGCCAAGGGCCAUGACCAAAGUUCCACUCUUGCUCAGCACUCCAUUGAGUUGACGCUACCGAACCAUCAUCCCUUUCACAGAGACUUGUUGCGCUAUGCCAAACUUAUGGAGUGGUUAAAGAACACAGAUUAUGGAAAAUAUGAAGGGCUAACAACGGUGAGUGGCUCAAAGUGAAAUAUAGUAUGGGAUGUAAUCAAACAGUCUUUUCUUCCGCUAAAUUAGUUUGCAGUGUGAGAUGACGAUGCAGCAGUCUAGCUCUUGAAUAAUAGGAAAUCUCCUUUGCACCACUACUGUGUCCUCUUCAGUCUAAGUUUAUUCCUUUUGAUUUAUUGAGAUUAUGAGUCUCAAGAUAAAACUGCAACACAAUUUGCCUUAUGCUGCCGGCUUCCUCUGGUGCUCAGAGUUGCAUUUUCAGUUUCUUCGUCUGUAGAGAUAACUUGCAUAUCCAGGCAACUCCUCACUCGUUUGCAACCCGUGCAUGCGCAGCGCCGCGAAAUAAAUAAAGAAUUCAGUUCAAACCCAGAAAUGGCAUGGAAAGGGCAAAAAUGGCACAAAAAGAGCAGCUCGGAAUUCCAGGAGCUUUUGCAGGUGCAAUCCCAUGAGCCUUUGCAUCAACCUUUUGAGGUCUGUGGAGAGAUGGAGCUUGAGAAAGGAGGUUUGGAGGGAGUCUGGUUGGUGUUGUUCGUUUUUAAAAGCUUUUUUCAAGGGUUUCCAGAGGUCGAAUGGGGGUUUAGAGACUUUUUAGAUGGUGUUCCCAGUAUACACAAUUUCACUUACACGUGUGGUAUCCAGGAAUGUAAACCCCUCACAGAGGCGCCAAGUUGCCUUCAGGACUGAGGGAGCCUGGCACGCAUCAUGCAUGACAUCACACCCGGCACAUGUUGUGCAUUCCAAAUUUACGUCUUUUGAAGUGAUGUGUCAUAUAUUUCGCUUCCCGAGAAGCCACUAAACCUUUAAUGUGUGUUCAUUUUUCUUUAAGAACUAUAUGGACUACUUAUCACGGUUGUAUGACAGGGAAAUAAAGGAUUUCUUUGAAGUUGCCAAGAUUAAAAUGACAGGGGCAACGAAGGAAGGGAAGAAGUUUGGUAAGUAUAUAACAGGUGCUCCAUUUUUUCAGUUUUGUGUCAGAAUGAGCCGAAGGAGGUUUCUACUUUUGCAACUGACAGCAGAUAUUUUAGAAGCGACUGCAAAAGUGUUUUAAGAAGUUUUGAGUAAGGGGUGCAGGUGUCGCCAUUUAAAUUUGAUGUGCAAAUUGUGGAGACUAAAAUUCUAGUGGUGUUGUGCCUGACAAGUGGCAAGGGGACCAGCAGCAAGUCCUUUUAGCUCUGCUUAGUGCUGUUUGAUAUUUCUGAAGAUGUGAUCCAGUGAGUCUUCUGUAUGAAAGCUCAUAUUGAUGGUGCUGGGGUUAUGUUCAGAGGUCUUAGUUAAUAGUAAAUAUUCAUGAGCAUAAAUAUUUGGAAUGGAUCAUGAGGGCUUUUCUAAGUUUCACUUACGGCAGUAGGGAGUUGGAGAUGUUGGAAUUUCUGUCCUGAGGAGAACAUGGUACGUAAAGGCUUAUAGUGGAAUCUAAGACAUUUCUUUGGUUAUAGUCUUCCCUAAGUGAUGUUAAGGGAUGUGGGUGGUGCUGUGGUCUAAACCACAGAGCCUAGGGCUUGCCAAUCAGAAGGUCGCGGUUCGAAUCCCCAUGACGGGGUGAGCUCCCAUUGCUUGGUCCCUGCUCCUGCCCACCUAGCAGUUUGAAAGCACGUCAAAGUGCAAGUAGAUAAAUAGGUACCACUCUGGCAGAAAGCUAAACGGUGUUUCCAUGCGCUGCUUUGGUUCGCCAGAAGCGGCUUAGUCAUGCUGGCCACAUGACCCGGAAGCUGUCUGUGGACAAACGCCAACUCCCUUGGCCUAUAGAGUAAGAUGAGCACCGCAACCCCCGAGUCAUCCGCGACUGGACCUAACGGUCAGGGGUACCUUUACCUUUAAGUGAUGUUAACUUGAAUGUAUCUUGCCAAGGGAAACUCUGCAUCCUUUUCUUUUAAAAGACAAAACUGGAAAUAAAUUGUGUAACGUAACUUGUACUCUUCGGAAUGGAAUACGAUUUAAAUCAAAAGAAAACUGCAAGCAAUCAUAGUAAACCCUGUAAGGAUUUUCAUGGAGCCAAGUGGAGCUUACAGCAAAAUCCUGUUCAGGAUUCCAAACACUCCAUCCUCAUCCAUUCUUUCUAUUCCAGUAUUCAGUCUUUCUCCUCCAACAGUUAGGCAGCAUUCCAUGGCUAUUUAGUACACUUAGUACUCACUGGCUUGUUUGGGGGUGUUCCCCAGCCCCUAAAAGAUAGUUUGUACUUUCACAAACCUCAGUAUUUCCCAAAGCCUACUGAUCUCUCUCUCGCUCUCUUGGGAUGGAAGGUUCCAUUUUGGCUACAUAAGAAAUGGCACUUGCAGUCUGAACAUCAGAAAUGCAGGGCAUGAUUACAUAAGCUAUAAUGCAGUGGAAUAUUAUGUGUUGCCUAAAGGGACCCUUUUUAGAUAAUGGCCCAUGAUAAGCCAUUAUCUUCAAUGUAUGGGGUGUUGCACCUUCCCAGAUUGACUGUUUUUAAAUCUCUCCUUCCAUACAGUGACCUCCUGCAUUUUCAAUAAUGUAGGCCGCCCUGUCCCACAGUGUGGUGUCUCUGAUAGCCAGGGCCCUGUGUACUCUGUAAAUAUGCAAUCAUACUGCCCCAAUUAAUAUCGGGUGCAUACUUUAGCAUCCUGGGAAUUUCAGCUUGUCCUCUCUUUUCUUUUUUUAAGGCACACUGCUAGCCCUUAAGGCUGCUAAGUUGAGCUUGAGCACAGACAUAUAUGAACAGUGUUUGGUGAAAUAUAUCCAAAUUCCAGAGAGUAGACAGGAAUGAUUUCUGGUGUUUGGGAGUGAGCCUUCUAUUUUUUGUGCCUCUUCUCAUUUUGUUUGUUCUUUAUUUAUUGACCCUACCCCACCCCCAAAUGUUCUUGGUGAACGUAUAAAUUUGAAAACAUUGAGGGAGGAGGGAGGACCACAAUAAAUAGAUAUUAUUUCCACACAUACAUAUGCAAAGGCCCUGUGACAGUGACCUAGCAGCUGCAAGUCAUGUUCACAUACUUUCCUCUUUCUUCCCCAUUCUUUUUUGCAUUACUCCAUGCCCAUAGGCUCAUAAAAUAUCUUAUUUGUUAAUAUAUGUACAGGGUUUGGGAAAUUUUAGGCACUUUGUGUGGGGUAACCAGCCUCAUAACCAACAUGAUUAAGUCUAAUUAAUGCAUGAAGGGGUUAAUGUCAUAGAGUAAGCUGUCCUGCCAGGCUUAGCUAGGUUACAGCCUUUCACCUUAUGAGGAGGGUAAUCAAGCCUAUUGCUGUACCUCAGUCAACCAUAGAGGCUCAUUGUGUGAAGAGAUAUUGAGCUAGCUGCUGCAGCCCAGAUCUCAUGGCUCUUAGCAAGCCAUUAUUUUACAUGUAGUGUUGUAUUUACUGUGAACAUUGCACAUCAAAUCUUCUGUGUAUGCAACCUGUCUCUCCAGUUGUUGCUACUAGAUUGGAAUUCAACCUCCAAGUCACAUUCAGUAAUAAGUAACCUUGUGUCCUGUGGUUUUGUGUUUGCAGCCUGACAGUUUUGUCCUCUCCAAAAGUACAUAAAUCCUACCAGGUUUCUAUGUGGACAGGUGUAUGUUGUUACUGUAAAAACAGGAUGGAAAUGUUAAUAACAGCUGUUGUGAACCCAUAGGAAACAUAGUUUGCCUGCAGAAAUAUUGCCCUGCCUCAGUCCCUCUGUCUCCCCAGCCCUCAAGGGUAGGAAGGGUAGAGGAAAAAAAUCCUCUGCAGUGUGUGAUGUAAUGUAUGUUUGAAGUGAAACACUAAACUGUUUCAUUGUGAAUUGCAUUUAAAGCUUGGAAGGCAUUUAGUGUACUCAAUACGCCAUAUGGAAACGAUGGUUAUGGCAUUAAAAAGCAUUUUAAGUUGCCAGUAAUGAGACAAUACUCCAGGUUUACCAGAUAUACAGGAGACUGAAAUUUAGAUAAUGUCUCACAGUCUUGGGGAAGCACAUUGGCUUUGUGUGCAAAUGGUUGCAGGUUGAGUCAAGAACAUCUCUAGGUAAGGCUAGGGAAGACUUCUGUAGAGACAUCUGGAGAUCUUCUGCCUUUCAGCAUAGACAAUACUGAGCUAGAAGGACCAAUGGUCGGACUUUGUACAAUGCAACUUCUAUGCCCCAGCCGUCAUCAGAUUGUAGAAGUUGCUUUUUCUACAACGGAGGAUUGCUUAUCUAUGGAUAGUGAGCGUUAGUUUAGGCUUUUCUGUGCAUGUGCAGCGGUGCAGCUCUGUACAUAGAAGUUGAGGUCUCCCAUUGUCAAGACCAUGCAAGCAUUAAAGCAGUGGCUUGAAGUGACACUUGGCCUUCCUUAGAAGGUGACCAAGAGGAAAUAAUGCAUCAUUAAGAGCUGCUCUCACAUCCAUUGCCAUGUUUCAGAGGAUGCUGGGGCAGAACUACUGGAUCAUGGGCAGCCACUGCUAACAAAACGAUGGCAGAAUCCCCUGUGAUGUCCCUAAGGGAUCCUGAGACGUGUGUCUCCAGUUUACAUACUACAGCCUCUCUGGACCACCCAAAUGUCUUCAGCAUCUGCCCUUUAUUUGUGUCAUAUCUUAUGAAUGCCAAGUGUUCCAUCUGCCAUAGCAUGGCAAAAUGGAGACCCCCUCACAGUCGAGUUUCCACACACAUACACGCACACAAACUGGAAAAUCUUCAGUGUGCUACCAAAACAUAAUCUACAUUUUCCCGCAUAGUUAAAAAUUCCAGAUGGGUACCUCCCCAGCUAUGUUUGUUUGCAACUUGUAGUUACUUGCUUCUCAUAGUUAUCUGCAUGUUUCUUUCCAGCUAGUGCUUAACUUGCAUCUCGUGCAUGGUUUGUGCAAAAUGCAUUUUUAACUUGUCUUUGUCUUUGAUGCUUGCAACCUAAUCCAUCCCAGCUACACUGCCUCGAAAAGAAAGUGCUGUCAAACAGGAAACGGAGAGUGAGUAUGAUGAGCGCUUUAAAUGGUUAUUGCCAGUGCAUUCAUGUCUGUGUAAAACGUAAUUGUCAUGGCAAAAACCUAUUAAUACCAGAAUUCUGUUAGAUGCAACGUUUUUGCACAAAUUUGUGAGUGCUACAGCAAUCAUAAAAAGGAGCAAAACCUGGCAAUGGACCCCUGUAAGACGGGGUGGAGACAGAUCCUUUUCUCAGCUAUCCCUUCCUGGAAAAUAUGGCAGGGUGAAUGGGAGCUGCUCAGCUCUGGGGGAACUCCCGUUUUGUAGCCAAUCCCAACUUCCUUGUUCUCGCCAGCCACCAGCUAAUUGGCAGCGACAGGAAGCCUCCCUUGCCAAUGCACAGUAGGGACUGCCCUGUAAGCUUCCUGUUGUGUUUCUGCUUGCCCCUCACCUGAUGUCAUAUAUGACAUCAGGUUUGGGGCAGAUUUUGGAGAACCAGUCUUGGAGGCCACAUAGGGUCCCAUAUCAGGCCUAAUUAAGCCCAUGGGUUGAAGGUCUCUCUUCCCCGCCCCCCGCUAUAAGAGAUCUCCAGUGUGAUACUCAUUUAUAGGCAAAAUACAAUAGAAACGUAUUUUGCAAUUUGUUUUUAAACUCAAGCCAUGUCUACACUGGAUGCUUUUUUGAGGCAAGAUAAACACCCCCAUGAAAAUUUCACAGUGGAGCUCUGAUUUAGUCUAUGGGGAGUUCCUGCUCAUCUGCCCUGACGAUUACAGGCCUAUUCGGGAUUACAGACAGUGCUACCAGAGGAAUAAUAUUGCCAUGAGAUUCUUCUGCACCACAUAAUGCUUGCCAUGUGGGAAGCACAUUCUCUUUCAUUUUUGUGCAAAUGGCAGUCAUGAGUGUCUCAUCAUGUUUUCACUAAGAGCUUGUCUAUGCUACAAUUCAAACUGUGGCUGCGUGAACUUGCAUAGCCUUUUGUAUCUGGUGUUUUUUAAAAAUAGAUGCCCCCAGCCUUCAGUGAUCUGACUCUCCCCUUAUAUCCACUUAACAUCUGUUUCAAAUGCUUAGAGCAGGGAUGACCAAAUUCUCUAGUCCUAAGCUUUAUAGCGUGGUGGUUACCCAUGGGUGCCGUCAUGUGUAACCUCCACCAUGCAGUGCUCAUGCAGAGGGAAUCGCCAUACACAUGACUGGUUGCAGGCUUGUGGCAACAGUCAUUGCAACACACACGGCUGGAGGCUACGGUGACCAGCUCUUCACGGUGCUCAAGGUUCUGCAGGAUGAAUAUUUAAGGUGCCAUCAUGCAGCAGGUAGUUUCUUGGAUGCAGCCAUUUGUUUAGACUUGGGUUGGAUCCAACAGUGUCGUUACAUAAGUGGAAGACAUUUCUUCUCAUUUAGAGGGUGAUCUUAGCCUCUUGCUAAUACUGGGUACAAUAGUGAAUCAAGGUGAGCCUUAGAUUUGUGUAUUCUCCCUCUUGUCUGCUGCAGCAGUGAGAGUUUUCAAACGUUCACUUCCAUUUUAGAGAAACUGCACCUUGCCCAGCCCGAAACUAAAGUUUGAUUAAUCUUAACUAUGGUUAGUGAAAACAAGCCAGUAUGGUUUGAACUUGACUAGGGUUUGAACUCAGUUUGUUUCCACGUACCAUAGUGAACAUUAAACAAACCAAGCUCAAAACCUAAUUUAUGAAGGUUUCUUGUUUUAACUAACCAAGAUUAACUGCAUUUUAAUGUGUGGUUAAUCUAACACAGAAGAGCAGGAAAAUAGUUCAAGGCUGAGGCUCACCUAAGUUCAAUCUUCUAUCACGAAAUUAUGGUUUUGCAUUGUAGCCAGAUAUAGCCAGUGAUAGAGUGAAGCAGGAGAGAGCAAGGUAGAUUUUUUUUUUACAAACAAUUCAAGCCAGAAUCUUUUGCUGUUACAUUUUCUCACAAAAAAAGCACAGUGGUGGCUUCUUUCCACAUUGAAAGGAGUACAGUUGCAUAAACCACAACUGCUUUUCAGUUUUCAACUGAAAACCACAGAAUAUUUGUGCACAGUCAAAGAUAAAAAGUCACAAUACUUCUUGAACGAAAUGUCAUAUUCAUUGGCAGAGUUUAUCUGUAAGGGCAGCCUGCAGUUGAAAUAAUUUACUGAAAGAGGCCUCAAGAGGAUAAAAGGUUUCCUUAUCUUUCAAGCAGGUGUUUGCUACUAUUUUCUUGUUAAGAAAAUAGUAAUUUCUUGCCUUUGUUCUGCUUUGCUUCUAGAAGACGCCCCUUAUCAAUCGCACCUGGUUCUGUCUAUCCACCCUUAUCUGUGCUCUUUUCUGGAAUGCUAUUAGCACUACAGUAGUCCUUGUAUUUGCUGAGCCCAUAUGUCUGUCACUACGUGUCUGUUCCUGAACCAUGUGGUUUCACCUCUAGGUGAAGAAACGUGUGAGCACAACAGUCAGCUUGUCAUGUAGGGGAAGUACUGGCAGUCUCUAGAUGGACGAGAGAAUGCUAAUCUUGAAUAGACAAUGCUUAUUUGUAUUGUGACGCAUUAUUCCAUAUAGGACAGUUCCUCACAUGGCUUUCAUUAUCACCUUAGGUCUUCAUGGAAGUUCUGGGAAGCUGACAGGUUCCACUUCUAGCCUAAACAAACUCUCAGUUCAGAGUUCAGGAAAUCGCAGGUCUCAGUCCUCCUCUUUGCUGGAUAUGGGGAACAUGUCUGCAUCUGACCUCGAUGUGGCAGAUAGAACAAAGUUUGAUAAGGUAAAAAUGUAAGCACAUUGGCUGGUGCUGCAUGUUAUAACUGCGCUCAAAUAAUGCUCAUUUCACACUAGGUGUAAUUGUGGCCUUCGCUCUUGUGUUACGUAUGUUGCACGAGGACCUCUGGAGCCCGCCGCAAAGGUAGGAUCAGAGUCCUGGGUGGCUGGGGAGGAGCCCAAGCUGCAGCUUCUCACACUAGUCUUACUUCUCCUAGAAACUCACAUGAGAAGGAGCUUAAUCAUGCAUCCCUUGGUGCUUGUCUGCUACUUUUCUAGUAUGGGAAAGUAUGGCUACACUGCCACAGUUCCUGUGAUGUGAAGGAGAGAAGGGAACUACAGUAAGUGCUGGUUUUGAGAGGCUGCAUACGGAAGACCUUUUCUUGUAAGGCUGACUCCAUUUGCUCCCCUCUGCUUGCAAAAGGGCUUUUGGUCCAGCAGCUGCCUCCAAUAACAGAAGUGGGAAGUAAGUUUUUGCCCCUUUCUCCAUGUGCCCCUUGAAAACCUACUCCAGAGGUUUGGGGUCCUCCCAGAACAAUGCGGUAGGUAAUAAGCAUGGCGGAGCAGGCAAUUGGCAAACCUUGGUGAAAUAAGGACUUUAAAUACGUACAAUAAUUGUGUGUAUAUGUAUGUGUUGUGUGGCUGGCUGUGCCUGCACUUGACAUGCGCGCUCUGGCAUAAGGCUAAGGGAUGCUCAACCAUGGCAUAAAGGAUACCAAUAGCCUGUAAUUGUUAAACAGUAGCUUAGGCAUUUGCUCAUCGGUGUGGAUGCUACCUGCAUGAAGCUGAAGCCCAGAGAAGCGUUUUAACUGCACAGACAAGAGCCGUGUGUGAAUGCACCUUCGAAGGAAAUAGAUAUGGUGCUUCUUGAUGGUGGGCCAUCAAGAGUGGCAGUCAUUUGUAUGCUAAAUGUAUGGGUUUUUAUUGUUUUGUAGAUUUUUGAACAAGUCCUAAGUGAACUGGAACCCUUGUGUCUGGCAGAACAAGACUUCAUUAGUAAAUUCUUCAAGCUUCAACAGCAUCUUAGCAUUCCUGGAACACCCAUGGUACGACUCUGUUUUAAAUAUUGUGGACUCAAAAACUUGAGUUGCUACAAGGAGCGAUCUCCUUCUAAACCAUCCCUUCUUUUUUCAGAGUGAUGCAGAAGAGGUGGAUGGAGGAACUUUAUCAAGGGCACACAAUACUGGUGGUCUGCAGUCAAUGUCUUCAGAGUAUGUUCAAUAUUAAACAAAAACAAAAUAAUGUAUUUUCCUAGGUUCUAGAAUCAUGACAGGUAAAGCUUCUAAAAGCUUGAAUUAUUUAGGACCAUGUCAGUGUCUCAUUAAAAUGAAGCAAAGCCCCUUUCCCCUUUUGUACUUUGUACCAGUGGAUCUGGGAACUAAUUGUUCACCUAGAUUUCUAAAACUAAUUAUUCAGUAAGUACUGCACAUGCCUAAUGUCCACACCGUAUUUUACAGGAAUCACAUGAUCCGGCAGAUGAUGAUAAAAAUAUUUCGCUGCGUUGAGCCAGAACUGAAUCACCUUAUUGCUCUUGGGGACAAGAUUGAUAGCUUUAAUUCCCUUUAUAUGCUGGUGAAAAUGAGUCACCAUGUAUGGACAGCCCAAAACGUGGAUCCAACGUCCUUCCUCAGCACAACACUUGGAAACGUUUUAGUGACCGUCAAAAGGAACUUUGACAAGUGCAUUGUAAGUUUUCAGCGGCUUUCAUAAUUAGGUUCUUUGGGCCGAGGCGCACAUUCGGCAAACCAGGUAGAACUUCACAUUUGGUGAGGCAGUAGGAUUGCUCCCCUUGCCUCAGUGAAUUGGCCGUAUCAGAUGGCAGUGUAUGUGCAUAGAUUCCUACCUAUAUUACACACAAUAACUUGAAAUCCCUGCCCUGCAGAACAAGGUGGGGUAGGAUGAUCGGGAUCACACAUAAGGAGCAUGUGCAGUGUGAAUCUAUUUUGUCUGUAUGCGGAAUACAUAGAGGUCCUAUGGCUCAGUGGGUCUCUCCCAUGCAUUGACCUUUAACUCAGUUUCUUAUGCGAUGCCUUAUAGUUAAACCUAUCUGUUUGGCUGGGGUGGAGGAACGAUGGCACAUGUCCUGCCUCCUGGUUGGUUGCACUUUGGAUCCAUAUGCCUUCGUCUCACCUCUUUCCCUUCCUCAGUUUAAAACGAAAACUUAUGGUCUGCGAUCUUUGUUUUUCCUCUUCAGAGUAACCAAAUCAAACAGAUGGAAGAUGUAAAGAUAUCCAAGAAGAGUAAAGUUGGAAUUCUCCCCUUUGUUGCUGAAUUUGAAGAGUUUGCAGCCUUAGCUGAAUCUAUUUUCAGAAAUGCUGAACGCAGAGGAGACCUGGAUAAAGCCUAUCUAAAACUUAUUAGGGGAGUUUUCACUAAUGGUGAGAAUCUGCCUCAUAAUCAGAAAGUCUUUUUUCUGUUGUAUCUCAUAUAUAGUGUUAUCCUGUUGAUGAAAUGGGUUAAGGUCCACUAGAACUCAGUGGAAUUUACCUUUGAUUGCACUGUCAAUCACUGUUACUUAACCCCUAUUUGCCCUCAUAUGCCAGCUAUUUAUAUUAUAACAUGGUUUAAAAAUGAAUAUGGAAGCAUUGCAUUCAGUAUAUUGGCCUGGUUCACACAUCACGCUAAGGUGAAUUAUUGUUUGACCCAAACACACAGAGUCCAGGAAAGGCAAACACAGCUACUUACUCCCUCCUGGUUGUUCUGCUUCUGUGUUGCAUUGAGCUGAGCCAUGGUUUGUUAUCAAAGCUAAGCUCACGGUUCAACUCCCUUGGAUAAACCACAAGCUGUAAACCAUAGGAUCAACCUGGGUUGUAACUCAUGGUUUGUCUAGCGAGAGAUGAGCCACAAAUCUAGAUACAGAUGACAAUACUCAGUGCAGCAGCAGAAUAACUAGGGAUGAGCCAAACAGCUGUGACCUCUCUGGAAGCCUGCAUUUUCAUGCUAAGCCAUGGUUUGUCUUCAUGUGACAUACAAAUUAGGCCAUUAUCUUGCCUUUUUAGUAAUAGAAACAUUGAUAGCUGUUUUCCAUAUGGAGUUGUAUAAUUGUAUUUAUGGCAUGUCAUCAAACAAAAAAAUUAAGGCACAACUUAGCAAAAUUUAAGACUUACCGGGAACACCCGCAGGGCUCCCCAUGCUGCGGAUGUCUGGCCGGGGCGAGGGGCGCUCUGCUUCAGGGCGCCUUGCGUGCCGAGCGGCAGGCUGCUAUCCGCAGCACGGGGAGCCCUGUGGGUACUCCCGCAGGCUCCCCAGGCUUGCUGAUAGCUUCCUGAAGCCUGGAGACCGAGAGGGGUCGGUGCGCACCGACCCCUCUCGCUCUCCAAGCUUCAGCGAAAGCCUGUAUUCGCCCCAUAGGACGCACACAGAUUUCCCCUUCAUUUUUGGAGGGGAAAAAGUGUGUCCUUUAGGGUGAAAAAUACGGUAUAUAAGUAAGUGCAUAACUCUUCCAUUGAACUAUGUAGCAUUUAAAAGUGCUUUACUUGACAGGAGAGUCCCUUUUGUGUUUGUAUAUUAUCAACACAGCCACCUCAGGAUUCUUUUAAGAGCGGGUUAUCUUAUUUCCACCCCAGAAAUCCUACUGUCUGGUUUUAAAAUCACAUGGCUAUUACCUUCCUACCUGAAACUAAAUAUAUGCUGUUCAGGAAUUACGUGCUAAGGGAUUAUGCUUAUGUGUUGAUUCUUUGCCAUCCUUGCUGUUGGUGUGAUCAUGUGUGUCAUUUGGUUUGGGGUUUUUUUAGUGGAGAAAGUAGCAAAUGAAAGCCAAAAGACACCACGGGAUGUGGUCAUGAUGGAGAAUUUUCACCAUAUCUUUGCAACUCUUUCUCGGUUGAAAAUCUCGUGUUUGGAGGCUGAGAAAAAGGAAGCUAAACAAAAAUAUACAGAUCAUCUGCAGUCCUACGUCAUCUACUCUUUGGGACAGCCACUUGAGAAAUUAAAUGUAAGACAUGUCCUUCUAUAGCUUCAAUUCUGGGGGUUAAAAAACAAAUAUUAAAUUUAGAAGGCUGCCAGAAGCAGACUUCUACAGCCCCAGAUGCACACUCCAAUUGUUAAUUAGUAUGGAAGACCUAUUUAUACCUGUAUUUAUUCAUAAGUUUAGCAUUCACCCUGUAAUAUUAUAUAGCAUAUGAUGAUGGAAGAAUAGAGUACAUACUAAAACCCCUAACAAAAAUAGGUUUCACAAAGGCUGCAGAAACUCUUGUGUUUCACCUACACUCUUGCAAUGAAAUACUGAAGAAGAGAUGGAAGUUGUGAUAGGAACAGGAAUGGCAUAUUAUGACAUGGGUAAUCGCUACGCAUCUCAAAAAGUUAUGGAGAGGCAAGCUUGUAGAUUGUUCAUCUCAGUUUUUAAUCAUCAAGAGUAGAACGAGCAACAUAUGUGGUGAUUUGAUCUGAUAAAUAUCCACAUUGUGCAAUGGAGUAAUGUUGCUAGUCAGCAUCUUAUCUAACUACAUUAUUGUUGAAAAUGGGCUGAAAUAAAAUACGAAAGGCUUUGUUUAUUACAAUUUUUUUAUAUCCCAAGCUUCAGGAUGCAUAUCCUUCAAAGGUAGCUUAUUAAAAAAAAAUAAACUUCAUUUAAGCACACACACACAUUCUUAAUAUCAACCUAUACAAAGCCAUUGGGGUGAUUUCCAUAGUACAGCUGCUGUGGUGGUGAAGUCCACUUGGAUAGAUGGUCUUUGCCUAUGACCUUCGCUCUCCUGAAAUCCUUCCUGCAAGACCAAUUGAUGAUUCAGUGGUCCUAGGGAGAAGUCCAGCUUAACCAAUGUGUACAAGCAGAAAUAACAAUAUAGGCUACAUAUAUAUCAAUGGGGCACAGGCAUAGAAUGUAGAGCUUUGCACUGACCUCUCUUACAAUAGCAAGUAAGAGAAAUCCGGUCAAUUUCAUACUUCAAAAAUAAACAGGAAAAACUGCUUUCCAACGACAAUAGUUCAAAUGUGUAGAAGCCAUGCUUAAUACCAGGUGUUUAAGGCUGAGCACCGUUUUGUUUGUGGAUUUUAAUAUAUUUGAAUACUUUGCCUCAGCACUUCUUUGAGGGCGUUGAAGCUCGUGUGGCGCAAGGUGUGAGAGAAGAGGAAGUGAGCUACCAGCUGGCGUUCAAUAAACAGGAGCUAAGAAAGGUUAUAAAGGAGUAUCCCGGCAAGGAAGUGAAAAAGGGGUUGGACAACCUUUAUAAGAAGGUGGAUAAACACUUGUGUGAAGAGGAAAACCUACUUCAGGUAAUAUAAUGGGUAUUAAGAGUGUGCAUAAACCUAGUUAAUGCUGUGUAAAUGUUUUUGCUGUCCUUGGUUUGUCUCCAGAUAAUGGGUGAAGCGGGAGGUGGGGGAAGAGAGCAUUUGAGGAAGUUCAGGGUGCAUUCAGCCUUACAGGCCACAGGGAAGACACAAUAACCAGGUUAAUUUACAUGAUUGUUGCAUUUAUAUCCUACAUUUCCAUUUGCGGGAAGGGGGGAGGGGGGAAAUGACCAAGGCACCUAACAGAAAUAAAAGCAACAACAGAAAAUCCACACUGACAUAGAAGAAGGAAGGAAGACUGUGUUUGGGCUAUGUCACUUGGUGAGGCUCACAUGAUAGAAUACUUAAGUGUCUCAUUCUACACAGGAAGCUUGCAUGCCAAAAAAAAACCAUUCUAGCCUUGUUUUCUCUUUCACUUGCUAGUGUUGUAAAUGGAGGAGGGAAAUGUAUUGAAGAGUUGAUUGAACCUCCACCUAUAAUCUGAAGUAAAGAAGCCUUUAGAAUGUUGCUUUCUUAUUGGUACAAUUGUAAACAGACUCCUUAGCAAAUAACUGGCUAGGAUUGUGAUGGUGUCAGUGGGCUUUCCUGUUUCCUGGUUGUUGCAUGUGAAGGCAUACACAAGUACAUAUCCUGGCAAAAGCUGAGUAGGGAGAAGGUUCAUCCUGCUGUUUUCGAUGCGUGUGUGCAAGGAAUUGACUCUUACCCAUCUGUCUUGCCUUGCCUCUCCAUAGCAACAGCACUCCACUGUCCUCCUAGGUCCUAGGAAAAGGGAGAUAGCAGAAGAGACAGUGCCGAGAUACUAUAACAUGGAGCUAAAUGUUGGCAAUGGCUCCACACACACAUUUCCUUGGAAGGUGCAGAGCUGUCCUCAACAGUGAAGCCAGUCAGCAGGACAGGCCUUUGGUGAUAUGGAUUAGUAACCAUGGAUAAUAUUUACAUUACUGAAAUUCUGCUUUUCUUCUUCUUUUUGGUAGGUGGUGUGGCAUUCUAUGCAAGAUGAGUUCAUACGCCAGUACAAGCAUUUUGAGGGCUUAAUAGCACGCUGUUAUCCUGGAUCUGGAAUUACUAUGGAGUUCACUAUCCAAGACAUUUUAGACUACUUCUCCAGCAUUGCACAGUCUCACUAA